UCCCGCACCCACCUCCCCGGCCCGAGGCACACUGCAGCUCGGCGCCGACUCUCCGGCCCCGGCGAGGUGGCUGCAAACUCGCGGGCACGCACGGCGCUCGGGGAGCCCAGGGACUCGGGGGAGGGGAGCGCGCGGAAGGCGCCAGCUUCCUCCCGCCCGCCCCUCGCAGCCUCGAGCAGAGGUUGGAGGAACCCCGGGCCCCAGCCACGCCGAGCUGAACGGCCGCAGCGGCGGCGGCUUCCCUUUUCUCUCCCAGGGAGCCCCGGAGCACCUCGCGGACCGGCCUUAAAAAGAGCUGGAAAUCUUGUUUACCGCCCGGGGAGCGGAGCCCAUCGAGCCUUUGUCUGGAAAGUCAGCAUCUCUCGCUCCGGCUGCAAUGUGUUCCUGGUGACACUAGCCUUGGGCAGACCGGCCGCGGCCGGAGAAGAGGGGAGGUCCGCCAGGUUCAGAUCUGGUUUCGGAGGCGGAUCGAGCGGGUGACUUCGGUGCAUUCGUUUUAAUUUUUGGAAAUCUCUCUUUUUUCCCUCCCUCGCCCGCCUCCGGGCAUAUCCUGAUCUGGCGCCCGCUCCUACUGCCCUGGGCUGCCGAUCAAAGCGGUUUCCAGCGGGUCUACUUCCCUCCCUGCCUGACUUUGCAACACCGCGAUCCAGGCGGAUCGACCUCCGCGAGGAAGGAGGCGGGGGAGCCGAGAACACUCGGACCCAAACCUUGACAUGCUUUCGGGCGGAAAGGAGGAAGCCAGGAGCUGAGCGCACCGCCGGGGUUGCUUCGCUGGCCGGCUCUGAGCGCGGAACUCCAGGCGCCCUGCCCUGCGUCUGGGCGGCAGCCUUGUUGGUCUGGGGGCGAACCACCCCCCAACCCCCGCCGCUUCCCGCCCCGGGGGUCCGCGGCCGGCAGGACCAUGCUGCUAAAGGAGUACCGGAUCUGUAUGCCGCUCACCGUGGACGAGUACAAAAUCGGACAGCUGUACAUGAUCAGCAAGCACAGCCAUGAACAGAGCGACCGAGGAGAAGGGGUGGAGGUUGUCCAGAACGAGCCCUUCGAGGACCCUCACCAUGGCAACGGGCAGUUCACGGAGAAGCGCGUGUAUCUCAACAGCAAACUGCCUAGUUGGGCUAGAGCUGUUGUCCCCAAAAUAUUUUACGUUACAGAGAAGGCAUGGAACUAUUAUCCCUACACAAUUACAGAAUACACAUGUUCCUUUCUGCCGAAAUUCUCCAUUCAUAUAGAAACCAAGUAUGAGGACAACAAAGGAAGCAACGACAGCAUUUUUGACAAUGAAGCCAAAGACCUGGAGAGAGAAGUUUGCUUUAUCGAUAUUGCCUGCGAUGAAAUUCCAGAACGUUACUACAAAGAAUCUGAGGAUCCUAAACACUUCAAAUCUGAGAAGACAGGACGGGGACAGUUAAGGGAAGGCUGGAGAGACAGUCAUCAGCCCAUCAUGUGUUCCUACAAGCUGGUGACAGUGAAAUUUGAGGUCUGGGGGCUUCAGACCAGAGUGGAACAAUUUGUACACAAGGUGGUCCGAGAUAUUCUUCUGAUUGGACAUAGACAGGCUUUUGCAUGGGUUGAUGAGUGGUAUGAUAUGACAAUGGAUGAUGUUCGGGAAUACGAGAAAAACAUGCAUGAACAAACCAACAUAAAAGUUUGCAAUCAGCAUUCCUCCACUGUGGAUGACAUAGAGAGCCAGGCCCAAACAAGUACAUGACAAUGGAUGAAGUCCGAGAAUUUGAACGAGCCACUCAGGAAGCCACCAACAAGAAAAUUGGCGUUUUCCCACCUGCCAUUUCUAUCUCCACCACCCCCCUGCUGCCUUCUUCAGUCCGCAGUGCCCCUUCCAGUG